GCAGUCGCUGCUGCUGCUGUUGCUGGUGCCUCUUGCCCUCUAGCUGUCUCUCUGUCUUCUCACUUGUAAAUGUCAAGCCCGCCGCUCUCAUCCGUUCGUUGACCUUGCAGAGAAUCACGCUGGAGGGGCGAAGGGCCUAAUGCAAGCGAGGGUCAGGUCGUCUCGCAGCCGCCACGCCCAGCCGUUCGACCUUGAGCAGCUCCUCCUCCUCUUCCUCUCGCCACCUGUCGUCGGCCACAAUGGCGUUUGCCGCAGCGCGAAUGAUUCUCAAAGACAAAAGGCGGAAACCCUCCAAAGAAGAUUUCCCACCUAGGAAUAGGAGCAAGAGCGUGGCGGCCCGUAAAAAGAGGUGCUGCCGGCGGCGGUGCAUGGAUCGGUCGAAAGACUCGCGAUCGCACACCACCACCACCACCGCCCACCAAUCCCCCAAUUCACCUGCCUACUCGCCACCCCAAACUGCUUUUUCUUGCAUCACCACUCUUAAUAGCGGCCCUAGUCCCGACCGCCAGAAAUGAGGCCAAGCAUCGUCUCCAGGAACUUGGGGGCGCGCAACAAACCCGCCGAUGGUCACACCCCCGGCCAGAAGGGCACCCCCAAGGCGGGCAACAAGGGCUCCGUGGGCACCCCGACUGGCCAGAAAUCGGGCCAGAAGCCCUCGACCAAGCCGUCGGCGCAGAAGGGCCAGGUCAAGGCGCCCCCCAAGGCCCCGCCCAGCGCCAACAAGCCUAACAAGAAAAACAAGAAGGGCCACAAGCACCAACAGCACGACCUCAUCGUCACCAUCGAUUUGACCGAGUACGGACUGACCGAGGACCAGGUGGCUGAGUUCAAAGAAGCAUUCAUGCUGUUUGACAAGGACGAGGACGGCACGAUCACGAUGGCCGAGCUGGGCGUCGUGAUGCGUUCGCUUGGCCAAAGGCCGUCAGAGACCGAGUUGCGAGACAUGGUCAACGAAGUCGACCAGGACGGCAACGGAACAAUCGAGUUUAACGAGUUCCUCCAAAUGAUGUCCAAGAAGAUGAAAGGAGCUGACAAUGAGGAGGAGCUUCGAGAGGCCUUCAGGGUGUUUGACAAGAACAAUGACGGGCUCAUCUCGUCGAUAGAAUUGCGCCACGUGAUGACCAACCUGGGCGAGAAGCUCAGCGACGAAGAGGUUGACGACAUGAUCAAAGAAGCCGACCUCGACGGAGACGGCAUGGUCAACUACGAGGAAUUCGUCAUGAUCCUCACGGCCAAGAACUAAUCAAAAGGUGACGCGGUGCCGAUGCCCUGCUCCCCGCUAUGCCCUGACAGAUGGAAGAAGAGGCUGGCCCAACCUCCGCAGGAGUUGCAUCUGCCUCCUGUCUGCGAAAAAAGUGCGUUUCUUUUGACAGAGAACUGACAAACUCACGAAAAUAUGAAUACAUUUAUGCAUGUAUAUUCCCGCGGCUCCCUUUUUCUUUCUGGAAAGAGCUCGAGCCAGUUGAGGGGUUAAAAAAACAAAUUGAAUAAUUAUUACACACGAGUAUAAGCUAUAUAUUGUUAUCCAAUUGAAAAUUGUCUCAAAGCAGCUGCGAAACAGUGCGAGACACACCAAGUGCGCGAGUUGCAACAAAAACACGUUGUUUGUAAAACGGAAGCAGGCGAAAACGACGAUUUUUAUACGGGAUUCUUAAAUUUAACUCCAGAUGAAUUUAUUAUUAUACACAACAACAACACUCUUGAAGACAAAAAGGAUAUAAAUUAAUGCGCUCGUCUCAUUUGAUACUCAUUAAUAUAUGAAAAAUUUAGCAGAGUGUAAGAGACAUGUCACGUAUUAAAUAAUAUAAUUGCUGAGGUUUGAUUACAUUGAUUGUUACGCAGACGACGAAUAUAUUCCUAAGUCUAACGUAAAUAUAUAUAAAUAUUGAACUUUUUUACAUUUUGCGAAUAUUAUAUAAUACAAUAAAAAACACACGACGCAAACAAACAAUUCGUUACAUAAAGCAUAUAAAUAUAUAGAUUAUUUAUUUUGAUUGCUUUUGAGAGUAAUUUCCGCGCGUCGGAAUUGCUGGAAAUGAAAAUGACAAAAGUGUAUCUUCGCGUGCUGUGCGGAAAAUGACGAGUCUGCUAGAUGACUCCAAACUAUCCAGAUAUGCGGUGUUUUACUCUCUCUUUCUCUCUGUACGUGUGCAUAACACUCUCACUCAAAAACCCACUCAAUUGUUUACAGUCGUAGUAGUUGACAAUAAGAACAAAGGAAGAAACCACACAUUGUAUAAAACUUUAUUAAUAUACGUGUCUCGAAAACCACAUUGCCAGAGCAAAGUAGGAAGCCACCUCUCAAGUGUCAGUGAUUUGCUUAUUCAAAUAAUUGUUUUCAUCCUUUGGUAAGGCUCGUAAAAUUGAGUGAAAUAAAAGUAAUGCACAACUAGUUGUCAAAAGGCCAAUUGUGAUUUGGAAAAUGCUUUGAGAUUUCCUAUGAGACGAAAUAUUUUAUUUUUAAAAUAUUAUGAACACCAUGAAUGUCGUUAAAGCGCUGUAUUUAGAAAUUUUGCAAGCGUUGCUCGAGUCAUAGAAAACAAUUCCAAAGGACGGAUUAAUCAAUCAACCUAAUUUAUAGGAAUGUGCAAACCAGCUUUGAAUAUUUUUUAUGUGGCCGCUAUAAAGUUAAAUGAGCACGUACGGAUCAUAAGUUUUAAAGCAUUUAUCGUGGCCCAUUUAGAAAAUAGUUAACUUUCGAUUAUUUGUCCUAAACAAAUAUUUAUUAGUCGAUAAUUUAAUCAGGAUUUUUUAAACAUCGAAUUUUACGAUUUCCUCGCGCUUUACGACUCGUAACACGCCCUCUUCUUUUAAUUUGUUGAUCUUCACUUGUGGUAAUUGAUUAUUAAAAGUUCAAAGUGGAAAACACGCGACUAUAUAACUGAUGGCAGUAAAUAAAAUGUUAAAAACGUUUUGAAAAUUAUUAUUUACCGAUAAUGUUUCUCGAAUUCGAUUUUUCAACAGAUUAUUUUGUGCUGAAAACAGCAAAUAAAUUUAAAAAUCCACUUUUUUGCAAAUUCCUAAUCAUUUUUAAUUAAAUUAUUUGUUACUGGAGAUCAUAAAUUAUGGCCGCAAGCAUCUAUAUGCUCUGCACUCACUUUAUGAAUCAUAUUUUUAAUGGAUGAUCAUCACUGAUAUUUGUGGAGCGGUCUUCAGCGGCGUAAUGCUGGCAGGUUGCUGUGCCAUAGAUAAUAUAUUAUUACCUAUCAUGAACACGCAUGUUGUUUACAAUUGUUGGAUUUUACGCCCCGUCCUCCACCGAGAGAAUAUUAUUUAUUACGAAAACUGAAAGAAAUAAUGUUGUUGCAUUUGCACCCCGCGGAAUGCCAACCAAAGCAGUGCUGAAAAUUUUUAAAGAAAAGAGAGAAGUCAUACAUGUGUAUCGAUGGUGUCUUGUGUUAAAAAGAAAUAGUUGUGUGUAAAAAUUUUACGGAAACUAUAAUAUUGUGCUUGGAUAGCGCAGAAAUAUGUAUUUUUUCAAGAAGUGAGCGAGCGAGCGAAAGAUUGGAAAUCGCGCGUGGAACAGAUUUGUAAUAUUAUUUGAGACGCAUUCAAAAGACGAUUGAGAACAAUUUUUACUGCUGAGAUGCUGUGGAUGUAGACAAAGGUAAAUAAACCACGCUUUAUUUGUGAUUCACACCACACAUAAAUACACCAGACGUUAUUGAUAUAAUUGUGAGUAAACGUGUAAAUGGUUUCCGCGGAAAAACAAAAGCAGUAGUUAAACAAACGUGUCUAUUAAUAAACGUUAAAAGUGGAUUUAAUGAGUGCAACACAAAAAAAAAAAAGAAAAAACAGCUUCUCUUACGUACGUGUGUCACCCUCUAAUUAAUUAUAAUGAAUAAAUUUAAAGAAAAAGAUACAAAAAAUAUGCAUAACGAAAACAUAAUUCUCUCCUCCAGCUUUUCGAAUUAAAAUUACAGGGUAAAUCAAGAUACAAAAACUAAUCAAACUAAAACAUAAUGUACACAUACGCGCGCGUAGCAUUCAUUAUGGUAAACAAUUUAAUAUAUAUCUUAUUCUUUUUCGUUGUGGCCUCUCUGCCACGUUAUUUUUUUCUUCAUAUUUCUCAAGUAAUAGAAGAAGCAGCGGUGGUUUAAACCCUUCAACUAAAAAGAGAAACUCUAUAAUCUCGGUAUUAUAUUGAUUGCAUCACACAGACAAACACACACACACACACUAACGUAAUCGAUCUCAUUAAAGGUUAGCGAAGCGGUUGUAAAGUGUAACGGGGGCUCAUAGUCAUAUUAAUUGUACCGCAGCAGGUUUAAGGCAUCUCUCCCUCUCGUCUCUAAACCUUAAAAAUCAAGUUUGAAUUUAACACGGGGUUCAGAUGAGCAUUCUUAAAAUUUAACUCUAACGAAGCGCAGCAGUGUACGACUUAAGGGUAUUUAAAAAAGGAAAAUCAAUGGCUAAAACAGCAUUUUGUACCUUAAAACUUCACACUCUAACAUGACGAAAAUACUUAGAACAAUCAAAUUCCAAAGACUACAUACAAAUGAGAGGGAUUUUUUCUGUGAAACAUACAAAAACUCAGUGAAUGCAAGCAAAUUAUUUCAAAUUACGUAUUUCUACACACGUUUGCUUUCCUUUAAUUUUAUGAAAAUGUUAUUGUAAGAAGAUAUAAUUCACGUUGAUUUGGAGGCCCUGAUUACAAUUUUUUUACAAAUGUACCACAAUAAAAUGCUGAGUACCCUAAAA